AUGAAGGGUCUGUCGGGUGCUAUAAUGUGUCUGUCGGCAGCCAUGAGGGGUCUGUCUGGAGCUAUGGUGGGUCUGUCGGGAGCCAUGAUGGGUUUGUCGGGUGCUAUGAUGGGUCUGUCGGGCUCCAUGAAGUGUCUGUCGGCCACCAAGAAGGGUUUGUCGGACACUAUGAAGGGUCUGUUGGGCUCCAUGAUGGGUCUGUCGAGCUCCAUGAUGGAGCUGUCGGGCUUCAUGGUGGGUCUGUCGGGAGCCAUGAUGGGUCUGUCGGGCUCCAUGAUGGGUUUGUCGGGAGCCAUUAUUGAUCUGUCGGGUGUUAUGAUGGAUCUGUCGGGCUCCAUGAUGGGUCUGUCGGGAUUCAUGUUGGGAGGCCAUGAUGGAUAUGUCGGCUACCAUUAUAGGAGUCUAUCGGCUACCAUGAAGGGUCCAUGA